CUCGGUCGUCUUCGUGCUCCCGCCAGGGUUUCCGUAAAGAGAAAUAAAGAAAGGAAGGUAGCGAAGCGCGCGAGCUCCGCGCAAAAAUCAUUAAAACGCGUGCUCGUUUCGCGGCUACGGCUUACGUCGUGUUGACGUUCCGGCCCGUGAUUUAUUAGCAGACGACAGGAGGCAACCGCGACGUCAGCCGGUCGGCCUUUGAAUACUUUGAGUACUUGGACCGCACCGUUCGCUCGCUUGUUCGCGCGCGCGGUGUGGCAUCUCCGAGAAAACCUUUCUACAUUGUCGCACCGACACAUUAUACUUUCCAUCCUGACGUCCUGAGGUAUCUCUUACAUGUACAGCCACCACGGGCCUUAGGACGGUACGGCCAGUGUACAGCGAGACGCGCGGCAUCAGCAUGGAAUGGACCCGCGACAAAACUCUGGAGCUGCUACGCGAGUAUCAACAACGACGCGUUCUCUGGGAUUGGAACGCCCGAGGCUAUCGCGACCGAACGAAGCGCAAACGAGCUAUACAAGAGCUCGCCGAGAUUCUCUGCUGCAACACUCUCGAGGUUGAGAAGAAGAUCACUAAUCUCAAGUGCCAGUAUUCUCGGGAAAUACACAAGAUACAGAACAGUCGCGACGCCGCCAUCGGCCCGGACGACGUAUACGUCUCCAAGUGGUUCGCCUUCAAAGCAAUGCAAUUCUUACAAUUUGGCACGCGUAGAUACAGCAAGAGGAAGAAGAAAAUUGAAGAGGAACCGAAACUACAAGAAGAAUAUAUUGUGAGCAACAUCGAUCCAGAAAGUAUAACAUUCAUGGAUUGCAACGAGGAGACAAACGGUUCUGGAACCGGUUCCUUCAACGCCUCGCUCAGUGAGGACGCCGAAGAGUCCUCAUCGUCCAGUAUGAAGGCAAUGGAGUUCUACAAUGGUUCUUUGCCGAGCCAAAACGGUCUUGAUGAGUCCGAACAGAUGAAACUCGAGUCUCGCGCACCGGACGAGAAAGAACGAAAAAAGACCAAGGAAGAGUUUGCCAAGUUUGGUGAGAGUAUCGCUGUGCAGCUCGCCGAGAUCCCCGACUCUUACUCGAGAUCGGUUGCCAAGCUCAGGAUCAACCAGAUCCUCUUCGAAGCGGAGAUCGGGAUCUAUGCGCAAACGCGUCGCUAAUGAACAAGUUCGUUAAAAUCAGUGCGAACCAACGCAAAUAAUCAACGUGGAAAACGUUGCUAUUCACAUUCGUGGCGCAUCAUUCCUAUUGAUCUCAAUUUACGUUCGGUCAAACCUUUGCUGUAACAAGUUUUAACGAGCUGUAAUUCGUUUUUAACCGAGGUUUUGGAACAACUGUAAUAGGCCUGUGACAAAAGAAAGACUCGCCAAAUAAAACAAAGAAAAUUAUUCGACAGGAGAAACUAUUCUAUCUAUUAUCCAUCGACUGAGCAUGCGUUUCGAAUAGACAGUACAGAGUGCCGCAAUGAAAUAAAUAUUCAUACAGCUUCUACUUGUUUUAUUUAUAACGUUUAAUUUUUGGGCAAAUGAAACAAUGUUAAAACGAAUGCCAGCAUGGCAUGAUGAUCGCCGUCCGCAUCUUCUUACAAGCCGGAUGCUUCUAAAGACUGAAUCGAUGAUCAAGACUAUAUAAUAGACAAUUUUUCCAAGUGAUUAAACAGAUUUAUCGAUAUCAAAUACUGAUUGUUUAUUUUACAAGCUGAUUGUUUAUUUUCUA